ACUUGCACAGCGUAAGUGCAUGUAGUACCAUCCCCUCUCAUAAAGCGAAUCUCAUCCCCCUUGUCAAAAGUCAGAGUAUGUAUGUUUUGCAAAAAGUAUUGGUACGCAAAUUUAUAGAAAUAUGAGUAGUUUUGCAGGUAUUAAUUCUGUGGCUUAUGUUACCGUUCCAACGCAAGAAGUUGCGAAGAAAUUGUCACAUGGUUUGGUGCAAAAUAAACUUGCUGCAUGUGUUAACAUUAUACCGGGAAUCAUAUCCGUAUAUGAAUGGAAGAAUGAAAUAAAUGAGGAUAAUGAAUUACUAAUG